CAGUGUACGGUGCCGCCGCACGUAUAAUCUCUCCUCUCUCGCCUUGCCUUGCCUUGCCUUGCCUUGACUUGCCUUGCCUCGUUGCGUUGUCAGGCCUUGGAGGCCUCCGGUUACCGUAACGUCCGUCGCGUCGACGGCGCCCUUAACGUCGUCUCCGUUACCGCAUUCAUCCCUUUCGAGUCAUGUUAAAUUGUCCUACGAUGCAACGAGCGACGUUCGACGUUUGUUAUGUUUUUACCGCCGACGGAGGAUCCACUGGAUGUGAUUGUUAACAGGUACCCGAUGACUGCUCCGAGGCUGCGGAAACAUUCUGACUAGAAACGUUGACCGACGGGGGUGAAAACUUUUUCCCGAUACCGGGGUUCGAUGAGCAUCCAGUACGCCUGCUGGAUGGGAGGCGGCCGGUCCUCCAACCUCUCGGACUUCUGCAACGGAGAUUCGCUCCAUUGACAUGGUACCGUGGACGUGACGUUGCCGAUAGUCAGUCAGUCAGUGGAUCCGCAGUGAUUAGCGGUCGCGUCAUGAUGGCCAGCAGCGAGGCUCUCAGCUCGGAUAUAAUCCUCAACUACACCGAGUCGUUGUUCGAUAAUCUAAGCGCGUUCAACGCCAGCCGGAACGACACCAUGGAGCCGAACUGCGACGCCGAUUUGCCGAUAGUGUCGCUCGUCACGCAGAUCCUCUACGCGACCGUCUGCAUAGUCGGCCUCCUCGGCAACACCCUCGUCAUAUACGUGGUGCUCAGAUUUUCUAAGAUGCAAACGGUCACGAACAUGUACAUAGUGAACCUCGCAAUAGCCGACGAGUGCUUCCUCAUCGGCAUACCGUUCCUGGUCACGACGAUGAGCCUCCAGUCGUGGACCUUUGGCAAGAUCAUGUGCAAGGCCUACAUGAUAACGACAAGUAUAAACCAGUUCACCAGCAGUAUAUUCCUCUUCAUAAUGAGCGCCGACAGAUACAUCGCCGUCUGCCACCCGAUCUCAUCCCCCAAGGUCCGCACGCCCUUCAUAUCGAGGGUGGUAUCGCUCACCGCCUGGGGGACCAGCGCCCUCUUCAUGAUCCCCGUGUUCCUCUACGCGAACACGAUGGAGUCAGCGGAGGGUGUGAUAAGCUGCAACAUCCUCUGGCCGGACAACGACAACCAGGGUGGACAGACGACGUUCACCCUGUACACGUUUAUCCUCGGCUUCGCCAUCCCUCUGAUUCUAAUUCUAAUUUUCUACUUCCUCGUUAUACGGAAGCUGCGGACGGUAGGACCGAAGAACAAGUCCAAGGAGAAGAAGCGCUCCCACAGAAAAGUGACGAAACUCGUCCUGACCGUCAUCACCGUCUACGUGUUAUGCUGGCUGCCCUACUGGCUGACGCAGGUCGCCCUGAUCUACACUCCUCCGAAGCAGUGCCAGUCACGUGUCAUAAUCACGACCUUCCUCCUCGCCGGGUUCCUCAGCUAUUCGAACAGCGCGAUGAAUCCGAUCCUCUACGCCUUCCUGAGCGACAACUUCAAGAAGAGUUUCCUCAAGGCCUGCACCUGCGCCGCCGGCAAGGACGUAAACGCCACCCUCCACAUCGAGAACAGCGUCUUCCCAAGGAAGAACAAGGCCAACGCCGACAGGCUUCAGCCCAACAAAGCCACUUCGGGUCACUCGCGUGGCGACCUCGAGGACGAGGAGGGCGAACGAGGGCUGCUCAUCAGCAAGGCCGAGCACUCGACCACCGCCGUCACCAUGACUUCUCGGUCCAACAUAACUGUCACCAGUGAGUCGAGGGACCAGGCACAGAACAAGGAUUCCUCGAAGGACUCGGCCAGAGAAGCCGUUAAGAACGGAGCCCAGCUCACCCUCCUCACUCAAGUCUGAAAUACCCGGAUCUUCGAGUUGAGUUUUUACUACACCGUGU